AUGCCCCUGUUUGGGAAAUCACAGAAAGGUCCAGCAGACGUAGUGAAGGCACUGAAAGAAGCAGUCAAUUCCCUAGAAAAAGGUGAUAAGAAGGCAGAGAAGGCCCAAGAGGAUGUAUCAAAGAAUCUUGUCUUGAUCAAAAAUAUGCUCUAUGGGACUUCUGAUGCUGAGCCUCAGGCAGAUAUAAUUGUGGCUCAACUAGCACAAGAACUGUACAAUAGUAACUUACUGUUAUUGUUGAUUCAGAACCUGAAUAGAAUUGACUUUGAAGGAAAGAAGGAUGUGGCACAAGUUUUCAACAAUAUACUAAGAAGGCAGAUUGGAACAAGGUCCCCAACAGUGGAAUAUAUCUGCACUAAGUCUGAAAUCUUGUUUACUCUCAUGACAGGAUAUGAGCAUCAGGAGAUAGCUUUGAAUUGUGGCACAAUGCUACGUGAGUGUGCAAGAUAUGAAGCCUUGGCCAAGAUUAUGUUAUAUUCAGAUGACUUUUAUAACUUCUUUAGAUAUGUAGAGGUCUCUACUUUUGAUAUAGCUUCAGAUGCAUUCUCUACUUUCAAGGAGUUGUUGACUAGACACAAGCUUUUGUGUGCUGAUUUCUUAGAAAUGAAUUAUGAUAAAGUGUUCACUCACUAUCAGAGGCUGUUAAAUUCUGAGAACUAUGUGACUAGGCGUCAGAGUUUGAAACUCCUAGGGGAACUACUAUUGGAUAGACAUAAUUUCACAGUAAUGACCAGGUAUAUUUCUAAUCCUGAUAAUCUAAAGUUAAUGAUGAAUAUGCUUAAAGAGAGAUCUAGGAAUAUACAGUUUGAAGCCUUCCAUGUGUUCAAGGUAUUUGUUGCAAAUCCUAAUAAACCCAAACCCAUUCUGGAUAUACUGUUGCGCAACCAGGAGAAGCUGGUUGAAUUCCUGGUGAGAUUCCAUACUGACAGGGCUGAAGAUGAACAAUUCAAUGAUGAAAAGGCUUACCUAAUUAGACAGAUAAGGGAAUUGAAACCCAUACCUGGACACUAAUACAUUUAAUCAUGCUGUUCCUGUCAAUAGUUCUAUUGCUACUCAUCUUUUGUUAUCCCCAAAAAUCAACUAGACAUAUCUCUCCUCAUUGA